AUGGAAUUCAUAGACAUAAGUGCAGAUGACGGUAACAUUGACGAUUUGGGUGAGAUUGACACCAGUGGUCAGGAAGUCUAUGAAUGCGCAGCGCUGGAGGAACUCGACCAAGAGGACAUACAAGACAAGCCAUCUAACUAUGGAGGCUCUCUCGACUAUGAAAGUGCUACUCCUAUCAAGGAGACACGAAAGAUGAUGGAGGGACCAGGGCUGGAGAAGCUGAUGAACAAUUUAGUGAUCGCCAAUACGUCCUAUAACAAUCCAAUAGCUCCAGAAUCAGUAGAGAAACGACUACUACGCAUUGAAAAAGAACUGGAAGACAUUUCUGGGGAUCAAUUGCGCGAUUUGAGCCCUCAAACAGCUCAAAAACUUAAAGAUACAAAAGGUCUGUAUUCCCAGGUGUCUAAAGCUUACAAAGACCGGCUCGGAACUAUUCGUAAAGUCCUAACUGAAGAAUUAGAGGCGGAUGGCGAGUUAGAGAUGAUAUCCCUUCCAUGCAUUGCAUUUGACACAAAGGAUAUGCGAAGAUUAUUGAAUUUGGAACGAAGAGUGCACAAUAUAGAAACAUUGGUAGGUCCUCGUGAACUCACCGAUAAGUCACUGGCCACAGAACUCGGUGAAUUAGCAGCUCAAGCCAAACUAAUACACAAUGAUAGCGAAACUCUGGAUCAGUUCCAUAGGCGAGUACAAGAGAUUGAAAAAGAGUACGAAAAUUCCCUCCUAGGAAGAAAGUCUAAGGACGAUCGUGUAUUGCAUCGUCAUGCAGUAGACCAAAUGGAAUCUCAAGAGUCCAGAGUCAAUGAGUUGUACCGUUACCUUGGUGUCCUGAAAAAAUACGGGCCCAUACUGCCCCAGUUGACCAACAGGAUCAAGGAAAUCAAUGGGAUCAGCAUGAAGCAAACCGAGAGCCUAAACAUAAUAAGAACAAUUGAUGUUUCAAUUGAAGAUUUACAGAAGCAAGUUCAACAGUGGGAAGAAGUCACACAAACCAUGGAACAGAAGCUCACUGCACAGGAAGUUGAGCUGGAAGAGAAUAUCAAAUAUUUCAACCAUACUGUGGCAAAGCUAGAAGACAGAAUAAGGCCUUCUAACAGUUGUUGA